AUGACAUUCGCGGCUCUGGUGUUUCUGGGCAUCUGCUUUCUUUGCCAAAUGUCGGAGGCUCAGCUGGCUUACAAGCUUACCAAAAUCGAGUGCGAAGUCAAUGAGACUCGGGCUAGUAACAUCUCAUGCCAUGUUAAGGCGAUCAAUUGGAAUAUGGCUGUGGUUAACCUGGAUUGCUUCUUGAUUAUGCCCCUACUGGACCCAGUUGUUGGGAUGCAGUUGUUCAUGAAGGACUAUAGUAAUCAGUAUAAGCCUUUCCUAGUUGACGUUAAUUUUAAAUUAUGCGAGGUGAUUAAAAAAAGGGACUUUAUACCUUACGGCGUCAUUAUGUGGAAGGUGAUGAAGAGUUUUACCAAUCUAAACCACUCCUGCCCCUUUUCGGACCGGAUAACAGUCCGCGACGGGUAUCUGGACACCAGUCUUAUUCCGCCGCUCCCCCAUGGAUUCUACCAAUUAAGUUUAAUAUUUACGGAUUCGAAUUCCACUAAUAUGGAAUACGUGGGCACGGUUAAGUACUUUAUGCAAGCCAUGGAAAAGAUUAGGAGCAGGAAGGUUCCCAGAACAUAA